AUGGAAGCAGUGAAACCAAGGAAACCAAAACACAGGGAGCCUGCUACGGUUCAUGAGGCUCCUCCAAUCCCGUCUCGUCCUGUUGUAGUUAUGGGAAUGAGGCUACCCGAUGCCCCACAACAUGCGCCAUGCAGGGCCAGCACACCUGAACCAGAGGAAAUAGUUCUAAGUGACGAUGAGCAACCGUCAACAUCAUCAGUUCCUGAAGAGACAGCUGUUGUUGAUUCCGCCGUUGGUGAGCCACCACAGAAUGGGAUCGCAGAAGAGACCGAAAAGAGCACCGCAAUUGUGGAGGCUUCGUCCUUGCCUGCACAGGUGGCUGUUUUCGAGGCGGUAAAUUACCCGGCGAUUCCUCAGCUAUCUGAGUCUGCCAUGAAUUCGACCUACAAGACUUCUCUUCCGCCCCCACUCUAUGAAGUGACCUCUAAGGAACACACAAAAGAGAUUGACUCAGUUAUUUCUGAACCUCAAGUUCCUGACGCUCCUCCUCUCUAUCCUUCACUUGCUAAACUUCAUUACGAGAAGGACAAACAUGGUCUUCUGACGGAGCAAAAUUUGCUCGCAUUCUAUCAUAAUCCGAUGUACAUGAUGAGCGACGAGUUUGUGAAUAAAUUUGUACAGAACAACUUGAUAUCAUCUGGUCCUCUUUUUCAACUGCUAAAGCGUUUGAAGAAUCUGUGUGAAAAUAUGGCUAUAAGUGAAGUUAGCGAGAAGGAAAACACGGAAAAUCUUAGCAAAUGCCUUCGAGAUUGCUGGGUCAUGCAACAACAAACGUUUGAAACGAAGGGCAAAUGUGGAGAAAACAGGGAUGCGUCUGGAACAGGUCGUUAUCAUAAAGUAGUACUGUGUACGCAGAAGGUUGAUGAGUUGAAGAAUUUGCUUGCUGCCAAUCGGACUCAUAUGCUAGACGAACGUAUCUGUCAGGAGUCGGAAUUUCGAUCCACUGCACUACAAGUGCAAUGGAUUAUAAUAUCCAUCAAUCAGCAGUUCAUGGAGGAGAACGGCCUCUCACUUCAGAGCCCACCAACUUUGGUGGAGACAGCUGUCCCGUCGAAUGGAAGGAUACAGUUAUUGAAUGCACUUUCCGAUAUUUUCUUUCACAUGAGAUUUCCUGCACUUCCUAAGCGGUUUCUAGAUGCACUAGUUGGAUGGGCGAGGGAGCUGGUAUGCGUGUUAAAUAUGUGGUGCCAAUGUGAGGAUGCGCAGUUUAUUUUAAACCAUCUUCUUCGUCUUCCAUCACCCAUUUCCGAGUGGGCAGCUCCAUUUGUACAGACUUUUAUACAGGCACCAUCUCCACCGAAGGUCAAAGUUGAUUACUGUGUCACUAUGCUCUCUCAUUUAAUGAAUCCAAUCGAUGCUCGUGAAACUUUCCUUCGUCAGAUUGGUUUGUCAGAAACUGAAGAUUCAACUUGGGCUAUUCUGAGUGCAGACGAGGAAGAGGGUGACUUUUCCUUAGUUACUGUCAAUGAAUCUGAUCUCACAUGCUUACUGGAUCAACUUCCGGUAUCUGAGCUCUACUCAUUGGCAUACUUGUAUUUCUCAAGUACCACUGCGGACAAAGGAGAUCAGUUCGUUUCGAUGGUCGCGUUUCAGCUAAUGCUUAUGAAGGUUCUCGACACUGGCUUGUCGACAUACUGCGCCCCUUCAUAUAAGCAGUUUUGCAAACAAAUAGGGAAUAGUUUAAGACAGAGUGUACGGGAAUUGUGCAGCCAUUGGUUGAUCACUCGUAAUUUGCUCCCCCGUGGAGAGGAUUCCCAACUUCAGAGCGAGGUGGACCGAAUAGUGCUUCUUGCCCUACAAUACAUUACAAAUAGACCUGGAUUUGGCUUGUGGCAGUUUCUGGUUGAUCUGCCUUACGAUUGUGUAUCAGAGGACUGCCGUUGUCGCUGCGAGUAUUUCUUACGAUUAUCGGAUAAAAUGACGGUUUCAGAGGUGUACGAUAUUCCAAUAAGUGAAAUUGUUGCGAGAAAUAGAGCAGGCGGUUUGAAAGAGCGAACAGAAGCUGUUGGUCCAUUGGAUUCGGUUUUCCUAAUAAACACUCUUGCUGCAAUUUUCUCGUAUUCACAUAAUGAUGCAGGAGUUCUUAUCAAAGAAAUUGUCGAGGUUUGCUUCUGUGAUGAAUCAUCAAGAGAAAGUCUGUACAAAGUUGGAGGAGAAGCAGUAUCACUGCUACUUGCAAGGCGACCGUCAACAUUUGAUCAGCUUCUUACUGUACUUGAUCGUAGCAUGUCACACAUGGACAACUAUGCUGUGAAUGUCCUAGCGUCAUCAGAUAUGUCUGGUUGCAAAUUAUCGCCAGCCACCUUGAGUGUUAUAGGAAAGUGGCUCAUUAAUAAGCCGCCGGAUGACGUGGCGAACCGUGUGGCUCGCCGUGUGCUGUCUAGUCUUCACUGGGGACCGAACGAAACUGGGGAUGGACUGUGGCUGGAUCCUGCAGUACAUGAAAUCUCCGCUGACACAGUGAUGAAGGCGCACUCGUUACAUUGUGGUCAUUCAAAUGGAAUGAUCGCAAAAUCGAUACGGCAAAUAUCCAAAUUAGCGAGCCGUAUGGCUGAUCAUGAACAGCUAUUCAAUCAAUUCUGUUGGGAUAUUCUUAUCAAAAUUAAGCUCAACUUCAAGGAAAGUACAUCAGCACCCCAGAAUGACCUAUCUGCUUUCUUUAUCCAUGUUGAUCAAAGCUGUCUUGGAAGUGUUGCUGUGUUUCUGGAGCGGGGUGUACCGUUAAUGAAUGAUCUGAUAGCAGCUGGUUGCUCAACUGCGUGCGUGGUAUUGUUAGCGAGACUUAUGGAGAAGCACUAUCCGAAAGUAGUAGCGCUUGGAUCCAACAAGGCAUUUAUGGAACUCCUCGAGCGCAUUUUGCAUAUUGACCAAUGCUCAUAUGCUGUGCAAUGGAUCAUUGGACCAUCCUCGAAACCAACACCUAUUGUGCGCCUCAUUUGUUCGUCGCUAUCGUAUUACUCGAAGCACGUUCAUGACGUCGGAGAAUAUCUGAGGGCUUGGGUUGAGCUUCUGUGUGUUCGAAGACCAGCUGUUUGGAACAAUGAUAAUGCAACAUUGCAAAUCUUUGGAUCUAUCGCUCAGAUAGCUUUCAUGACUGAUGCGAAGAAUCUGUUAGGGAUUCCUGACAUGGUAUACAAUAAUUAUCAGCAAAUGUUGAUAACAUGGCGGGACAACUCAAAAGGAAUCCUUUCGAUGUUCACCGCUGAUCAAGCUCCACCUCCUCUAAUUGCAAGCACUAUGUACGGUAUUUCUCCGUGGGCCACUUACCUGCUUUUGCUGGUGGAAAGCAAAAGCUAUUCUACAUUUUAUCAGUUCUUGUACGAAGCAUUUGUCAAAAAGGAGAAGACUACAGUAGAGCAAGCAGUGAAGAAAGCUGCAUCUAAAUCCUCCUUAGCUUUACCAUUUGCUAGACUGGCUGUAUAUAGAUGGGCCGAGUUUGUUUCGGUGAGCUCUGAAAGUACAGUAUUCCCCCUUGCUGUACAACGUCUAGCAACAGAAGCAUAUCGAUUAAAGACUGUAAAUGGAAGAAAAUACUGUUUCGCGAGACGUUUUCUAGACGCACCACAGGCAGAACCGAUUCUGUCUGCAUGUAGGAAGACUUUGACCGAAGCUGUCGAUCCUAAAGGGCUUGCAAAAGCUGUUAGCGGAUGGUUAUUUUGCUCAUAUGAAGUUACCCGUAUGGGAUUCAACUUUUCGGUUUUUGAUCUGGAUUAUCUCCUUCAACUUAUUUUGGCUGAUGACAUGAAUAUUUGGAUGGAUUUCGUCGACAACAGCAAGUUGGCACAAGAAGAGCAACAGGAAGAAAAGCUGUUUUCUCUGACCUGUCACUUGGGACGGAGAGAACCUGUUCAUCAAGUGUCUGAGCAGUUUUUAAGCAAACCCAGCACAUCGCGAGCUGUUCCCUUUCCGACUUUGCCUGCACAUCCUAGUCUACCUCCUGCACCGAUCGUUGACAUGUCUGCUUUGUUCCAGUUGAAUACGGUUAUGGAGAUGGUAAAGCCGUUGAUUAGACAUAUUCAUACGCUAUCUGAAGACUAUGUGAAUGGAAAUGAUAACAUCGCUUCUGAGGACUCCAAGUAUGUGACGCUUCUGGCAAAGCUUCAUGGUCCUGUUGUUCAACAAAUUCCGGUACAGUUACGAUGUGGAAUACGAUGCACUGCUCCGCAUAACACCGUUACUCAAGUGACAGGUACAAAAUUUAAUGAAACGACCGAUGCUGAAAUGGCGCAAAGCCGUGAGAAGCGAAACGCUCUGUUAGGAGAAGUGCAUACGGGUGUUCUCGACAGAACGGCUGUGGCAUCUGCAACAAUGGAACACAUCGCUAGGUUGAUUGCUCGUAUGAGCAUUUUAUGCUCUUCAUCACAUCGUUCUGGCGCCCAGAUGACUGGAAGGGCAAUCUUCAAGAUAGUAACAUCGUCUUUGGGUGCGAGUGAGAUGCUAUUCCCAGCAGCAUCGGCAGCAUAUGAACAUACCCUUCGGAUUUUGGCUGAAGAGUUCGUGCGUAUGCAGCCUUCUGAACAAAUUUCAGUUAUGGUGUUGGUUUUAGAAGGAUUUCCAUUGUCGGAUCCUUUGGUAGAGUGUUUUACGCCUGAGUGUCUGUCUUCCACUGAACUGUGCUCAGCGUACACUCGCCUUUCUGAGGCUGUUAGGGAUCCGGAAAGAAGUGUCAGCGCACUUAAAUUACUCAAGAGACUCGGAAUGGACAAAGCUGCUGCAUCGCUACCCCCGCAGCAAUUUGCCCCACUGUUGCCCCUUGCUUUCCGCAAUCUCGCGAGCCAACCGGACUCAAAUGCUCCGUUACAUGUUCUUUGCCUUGAACAUGUCGUUACUUUUGUGUUUCAUGCAUUUCCUGCCAAUUUCACAGCUGGGCUUGAUCUUGCUUUGAAUGGUUGUAAUACUGGUGAGACACCACCAAUGCUACUGCAUACUUUUGUGCAACGUUUGGGCGCAGAUAAUUAUGAAAUUCCAAAGGCAGAAAAUGUGUUGGGCGGUGUUAAGGCCAACGAAUGUGCCAUGCUCUUGGCCAGGAGACUGAACGAUGCACGUUCCCGAUCACCUUCAAUGUAUGCUGCUUGGGGACGAUAUUUGGAUUCGGUCACCAAACUAGCACAAAUGUUUCUUUUUACACCAUGCAGAGAAACGUUUCCAGCCGAAGCGCCUCCUACUGUGUUACAAAGAGACCUGGCCGAAGUUUUUCAACGGGUUUUAAAUGUCUUUGCUCCUCUAAUAGUGCCUGUAUCCCCAUCUAUGCCACCAUUUUCUCCUUCUAAUGAGACAGAAGCAAACAUUGUUCUGGAAAGAUUUGUACAGUUGCUAUGCUCGCUACCGCACAACGCCGUUCUUCAACCAGGGACACAGAAUCUUCCUUCUCUCUUGUGGCAGUUUUACCAUGAAAAACUUUCGAUUCUUUCGCAUGGAUCUACCCAUUAUUUUUCUUUAUUGGAAAGUCACUUCGUAAGGAUCUCAUGGCCCUCCUUUUAUCCCUCAGAAAGAGGGCUCGCUGCAAUGGACGACUGCCUUGCUACUAGAUCUCCUUGUUGUGCCCCUUUCGUCGCUCAGAUUGUUGUUAGAAUAAUGUGGAAGGAUGUUCUUGCGAGUAAUGUCCACAGUGAAUUUCUGCCCCAUUACCUGUCAGUCUUGUUCAGCGUUUUGCUGCGGAUUGGCUCUGCUCUCUCCAACUACGUAAAGGUUCGUGCUUCAAUGCUGGAUUUAGUUAAAUCCUUAUGUCAGCGAAACGAUUGGUCAGCUACUUCACCAGAGCGUGCAGAGGAACUAGCACAAGUAGUAGCAGUCUGUCUGCCAUAUGAUUCCCUCACGAAUCCCACCGAUAUAGUAGCAGUCCUUCAAAUAAUUUGGCGCAAGAUGUGUUCUUUCCUCGUUAACGAACCUUUCACGUCGGCAGCUCUAUUGAAACAAACAGCUUGGGUUAGGACCGAAUGUGCUCUGGUUUUACGAGGAGGGGCAACCGUAGCAUCACCUGCUUACAAUUCCUUAAUUGCUGAUGUGGAUGCGGUUGCUCAACAGCAUGAGAAUCUUCGUGCAUUCUCGAUUGUGGCAAGAGAACUCACGGCACUAUGGGGCAGGAUUUCGGACGCAAAGUUCGGAGAAGCUUUGGUAACAACAUGGAAUGCAUACAUUAGUGCAAAUCCUGAUUCUCCACUCGUUCUCACUUCCCUGAAUACUCUCAUUGGCUCCCUAAACACAGACCAAUUAGUAACUGCUUUGAAGGUCAUGGAAAGAACUAUUAUCGCCUAUUUUAAAAGGAGUUCCUUCUCGUGGACUGAGUUGAUGGAGUGGGCGCAGUGUCCGAACAAUCUCUCAUCUAGUGUUCGUGAAUAUUUGCUGAGUGUUUCAAGUAAUAACAAGGCUAAUCCGCUAAUGCUCACUACCGCCUGGUUCUUGAAGACUACGCCAGUCAACGAUACUACUGCGUCAGCCCUCCACACUUUUGUUACCAGUAUUAAGCCGAAACAUGUAAUGUGUGAAGCGUCGUUUUUGCUUCUAAUCUGGCAAGAGGUACGAUGGCUGGCUGAUGCGGUCCUAGCUGCUCAUGCUAGCUCUGGUCGGACUCUUGAUGAUCGUCUACCGUCGUUCAUGCGAUGGUUAAGUAAGGCUGCAAAAGAUGAUUCGAGCUUUAUUGCAAAUCUUAUUACCAGCAAGAAAACGGCGCACUCUCCUCGUCUUCGUGCUGUUCUUACCAUUUUGGAAUUGUUCCUAACACAACAAAUGAUGGGUGAAGGACAGUUGCCUAGAGCCACCGAAGGUUCACCCGUAUUGAACAGCCGAAUCCAUGCGCUCAAAGAAGCAGCGGCUACCAAGGCGAAUCAGCAGUUUGCGAGUGCCUUUAACGUUGCCACCCCAUUCUUCGUUCAAGUAGACAUGCACCACAUUGGGUCUGCUCCAAGCCUUAUUCUUCAGUGUUCACGGGAGUUGUUUAAAGAGAAAUUUCUUUUAGACACAAAGUGUCCCAUCCGCUUGGUUAACAACCUAGCCCAAAUGCGUUUGCAUCUAGCGCUAUGGGCUUUGCUAGUUGUCUGCAUAUUUGCAUCCGAUUAUCCCCGUGAUCCUUAUGCAACACUUGGAGUGUCGAAAAGAGCCACCAUUAAGGAGAUCAAAAGGGCCUACAAACAACUCGCAAAGGAGUGGCAUCCCGACAAGAACACCUCUCCGGAAGCACAAGAACGAUUUGUCGCUAUUAGUCGUGCAUAUGAAUUACUUUCGGAUCCAUUGAGACGUGAACGCUAUGAUAAAUUUGGUGCGGUGGAUGAGAGCCCGCAGUCAGGUCCACAAUUCCAUCAUGGAUUUGCAGGAUUUGAACAAUUUUUCGGUGGAUUUGGCGGUUACGAGGAUGGUAUUUUCGGCAAACAACGCAUCACAUUGCGACAAUUUUCGCAUUCCAUCUUAGAAAAAAGCCAUUUUCAACCUUUCCUUCUAUACGCCUAUUCAAACUAUUGUCAACUGUGCUUCCGUUUACAAGCGCAAUGGAAAGCGGUUUCCGAAGAUCUCGAACCUCUCGGUUAUGGUAUUGGAUCAGUGAAUGCAGUGACUGAUGGCAACUUGUUAGAAAAGUUGCGCAUUUCGCGCCUUCCUGCUAUUGUGGCGGUAGUGGAGGGCAGAGUGACACACUAUCGUUCAGAUAUGUUCCUAAUGAAUGCCAGAGAUGUACGGGUGUUCGCUCGUGAUGUCAUCCCGAGAACUUUCAUGCAGAUGAUAAACACUCAUGAUGGUUUGUCGCGAUUUGUGAAUCAAUGGCACUCAAGUAAUAAGAUAUCGGUCGUAGUUUUGGGAGCGGCCCCUGACCCACGAAUGCGGUAUCUGCUAGCCGCGAUGAAGCACUCGCAUUUUGCUCGGUUUGCCUAUAUUCAUCUGGCAUCCUCGUCGAGUGAGGUGGCGUCAAUCCGCGAUGGUUUGUCUAUCAAAUGUAAACAGUGUGAAAACGUCCUUAUAUUCAACGAUUUGCCUGGGGAUGGUCCAAUUGCUCGGUUAUCCAUCAGCAACAUAAAUCAACUCACUAUGGAUGCACUAAACACGCUCAUUGAAAAUAACAAAUUUCUAAGUCUUCCACGACUAUCUUCGUCAGAAUAUUUGGAUGAGCUGUGUCCGGUGUCUUCAAGAAAUCCAAGACGGCUUUGCGUUAUUUUACCUGUCGUAGAUUCUUCCGAAGAUGAACUAUUCUUGAAUGAUUUUCGUAAUUUCGUUCGUCAACACAAAGAGAGUUAUGCACAACAGAAGGUGGAGUUAACUUACAUUUACGCAAAUAGACAAUCUGAAUGGAUCAAGCCGUUUUUGGAGAAGCGAACUGGAGAAAGCGUGACGAAUUCUCGCGAUGUCAUUGUCAUGUGGCGAAUGGAACAUGUGAAAGCGCGGUUCACAUGGCUUGAAGGAGCUUGGGGCGAAAACGCUGAACGAUUCCAGACUAUGCUAGGUGCUGUUAUCUCACAGGCAACCCGCCUGGACCAGACAGCUUCAAUUGGGAACUUGAUCAAUGAAUAUGCUCCGUCAUGGUGGACUCGGAUGUGUCGCGCAUUAGUGCGAAUGAUCCAAGCAGCAUGGUUCCAUCUGACCAAAGAGGAAGCUUAUCCGGUUCUCUCUGCUGUGGCAACAUUCCUUGUUAUUCUCGUUGUUGGUUACGGGUUGAAUUAUAUGAAUCAGGAGGGUAGGCCUAAAAAGGAAAAACCUAAGAAUUUUGCUUCCGAGGACUGGCAUCCAGAGGAUCCACAGGCCAAAACCGAGCCACCUCCUAAGCCGAAUCCACAAACAAGGUUGCAGCGAGCAUUAUCAAUAAUGAAUCCGCAUAUACAUGAACUACGGGCUGAAAGUUAUUUUGGGAUGAUUCGACUUCUAAAGCCGGGCUGUCGUUCACUUAUUCUUCUUGUUGAUGAACAGAGUAAAGAAAAACUGAUGAUGCAAUUCGCACAAUAUAUUCUACCGCUGCGAAACAACAAAACGUUCUCCUUUGGUUAUUUGAUGGUGGAGAAAAAUCUUCCAUGGUUUCGGAAGCUGCUUGAGCAUACACUACCGUUAGGGGAUGAAAGUACACAAAAGGAUGGGAAUUCGCUGUAUGGCAAACUGAAGUCAAUCAAUCCUCGACAGACUGUUGGAACAGUUCUGGCAUUGUGCGGCUGGAAGCUGUACUUCUCAAUCUACCAUCCAAUGCAUACAGCUGGCAAGAAGAAACCCCAUCACCAGCAGCACUUUCUGGGAUUUGAUGAUGACGAUGAUGUCACCACAGACUCAGACAGUGAUAACGGAGCGGCAGAGGAUGAGGUGAUGCUUCGUCGUGUUGGCAAUUCUGUGAGCGUGGAAAAUGUGCUGAACGGUUUUCCAAAUUGGCUGGACAGACUUCUAGAGGGGUCUAUUCGACGGUAUUACAUACCAGAAUGGCCAGAUAAUCUCAGAUAG